UACUGUUAGACUUUUUACUUUUAAUUAUUAUUUUAUUGAGUUUGGAUGACACACAAAUUAUGCCUAUUCGUUCAAUAUACUAUCAUGACUUGUCAGAGUUUAAAAUUUUAAAUUAAUCAACAAGUCAUUUAAUUUUAAGUUCUGUUAAUGUAAAAUACAAUUUGAUGACGCGUAACGGCCCACAGUUUCCCUCUCCUGCAUGCGCGCACGGGCAUGUUCAAGGCGAGACGAGUGACCACAGCUGAAACUCAUCAAAGCGUCGUGGUGAAUGGUCUUCAGUCACUUUGCCGUGUGCCUUGCAAGGACAAAAAACUCUUCAUCAUCUCCUGGUAUCCUGGUUUCGUGGACCAAGGGGUUCAAUUUGAGACGUGGUCAGCCUCUCAGGACAAACGAGAUAUCACCUUCUCCUUCCCCUGAGUUUGUGUACAGGUGCCAGAUGCCACAACCGGCUCAACUCCGAGUGAUCAUUGCAGAUCAUGAUGUCCGUAAAGUUGUACUACCAUCUGGAAUCCCUGAGACAUUGGAUGACCUUCACUCAGUCAUUCGUGAUACAUUUUCCAUUGCCAAAGACUUCAGUCUUCACUACAAAGAUGAGGAUUUUGAUGAGUUUUUCACCCUUUUAUCUACAACUGACCUCAAGGAUAAGGACACAAUCAAGGUUGUGUUUCUCCCAAACCAGGAGCCUCCAAUCAUUUUAACCUUAACUGAUGUGACCAACAUGAAUAAUCAGCCUUGUGAGGAGCCCGAUGUUGACGACACCGCAUCCGUGUCAACCGAUGACACACUAAUUCUCUCAUCUGAAGAUAGUCCAGGCCACCGUUCCCAGCGCUGGCCCGCUCAGUUUUCAAUUCCCAGCUUUUCUGGCUUAACAGAGAUCCAAAUUCAGUCAGGAAAUGAGCGCUUCAAUAAAUAUGGGACUCUUCUCACUACCAAAGAUUUAAUUCCGCUACUCCCAGACAUCCUUGGAAAACUAGCGGAGGCUAUUUAUGAGUACACUGCUUAUCCAUCUAGUCUGCAGAUCAGUGAGGUUGCAGAGGCCCUCACUCAAAAGCAUCCCUGCCUCAAAGAACCAGGCUCAUUUAAUGGGUCCUAUGGAUGGGCGCAGCGCCUAAAAUAUAAGAUGAACAAUUUCAGAAGCAAACUACGAGGUCUCGGCUGCCCUGAAGUUGAAGUGAACUCACUCAAGAGAAAACAAACACAUGACCAGUAUCCGGCAAAGAAUCUGAAAAAACCAAAGAAGGCGGAGGUGAACUACCUACCCCCUCAUGCUCAAGGUGAAACUACUGCAAGUUUGGAAAAAGAGAGAGUGGAGCUCCUAAGUGAAAUGAUGAAAAGGGACAACUCCAAGGUGGUAGCUCAGAAAAUGGCCAAGACGUUCAGCCUUCGUCGGGAGGAAAUAGUGAAAGAGGCCCCUGCAAUCAGUGAAUGCAUGAAGCGCUGGCCUGCGCUUUUUAGUGAAGCACAGAUAAGUGAAGAAUUCAAGAGGAUAACAACAGUUAACCUACAAUCGACCUUUCUGGCCAAGCUUGACCAGUGCACCCCGAAAUUGAUGGCCUUGACCCAAUCAAAAGGAGGAGCUGCAGGCCUGAAGAUAAGGAACAUUAAGGACAUGCUUCUUGAGGACAACACAGUUGAAAGGCAGAGAGAAAUUGCCAUUCGCUGCCUCAUGGUCUAUCUUGGAGAGAAGGAGGAGGACCUUUUCAAACAGUACUGGGAUGUAGAGGAGCUUGACGCAGACCUUGCGAUGCAAGUGAUGAAGAUUGCCAUCAUCGGUGAUGGGUGUGCAACCAUCGUAGUCGAGGGAACCAAGAUCCUGCAGGGGAUUGAUGUCGCCAGAUCCUGUGCUUUGCUGAUGGGAGUAAUCUAUGCUCUUAACCUAAGGUACCCCAAGCAGUUGAAAUUUACCUUUGAGGCAUUCCAGAAGCUAUGCCUUGAGCUUGAUGGACAAAAAGCCAGCUCUAAAGUAAUGAAUCUCAAGUAUGGUAUUUUUUAGCGCGAGGAAAAAGCUCACAUCUCACACGCACACGCACACACACAUCCACAUCCUUGUUCUUUUGUUUCUUUGAUUGGAUGAAUAUCUGAGUGAAGGUAUCAGCUUAGAAAAGGAUGACCUCUGUUCUCUGAGGGUGUUUGUCUUUGUUGAACUUUAUAUGCAGUGCCUCCUUUUGCUGGAGUUAGGAGUUUGAGCAGUCUGAUGUGAUCAGAGAUGAUAAUGUUGAAAUUAGUGCUUUUAAUGUACAGCCAUCUGUCUUUUUUUUUUAAUAAUUUUCAUGUGUACAAGUCAAAUGAUGGUGAUUCAUGCACAGGGUUUUAGUUGAUUUUAUAACAAUGUUCCUCCUCAUAAAGCAUCUGAGUGCAUGGUGCUGUUUGCACUUUAAAGGAUUUAGUGCUACUGUGAAUUUUAAUAAAUGUUUCUAAUUAAUUUGAA